CGUGCAGCGCGCGGGGCGGCGCCGGCCCCUUGUUCGCCAUACUUGCACCGGAGCGCAGAGACCGCACUGACUGCAGAGGCACCUGAGACCACAAACACUAAGUCAUGGCUGAGGAUGAGGUGACUCCAGAGCAGCUAGCAGCCAUCGCCGCCGAAAAUGAGGAGCCAGAGCCGUUGGACUACAAGCCACCAGCCCAAAAGACGGUGCAAGAAAUCCAUGAGCUGGAUAAGGAUGAUGAAAGCCUACGCAAAUAUAAGGAAGCCCUGCUUGGUUCUGGGAUCUCUGUGGCAGACCCCAGUGUCUCCAAUGUCCAAGUGACCAGGAUGUCGCUGAUGUGUGAAAGUGCUCCGAACCCCCUGGUCCUGGAUCUGCAAGGAGACCUGGAACCCUUUAAGAAGCAGGCCUUUGUCCUAAAGGAGGGAGUGGAAUACAAAAUAAUGAUCAGCUUUAAGGUGAACAGGGAGAUUGUUUCGGGUCUGAAGUAUGUGCAACAAACAUACAGGAAAGGAAUGAAGAUUGAUAAAUCCGACUACAUGGUUGGCAGCUACGGGCCUCGUCCCAAUGAAUACGACUUCCUGACCACGGUGGAGGAGGCUCCUACAGGCUUGAUGGCCCGCGGCAACUACGUCAUCAAAUCCAAGUUCACCGACGACGACAAGCACGACCACCUGUCCUGGGAGUGGAACCUCAACAUCAAGAAAGACUGGAAAGACUAAAAGAGGCCUUCGUGUCUGGGGGCGGGGGGGGGGGGGGGGGGGUCGAGGGAGUCUAAACUCCCCCGCCCCUUUGUGUUCCUCAGCCGCUGCCCUCGUCCCCGCCCUGCGUCGACCAUUUCUGCCUUCUUUGUUUUGACUUGGUUGUGCAUUUCAUUCAUCUCAUGCCUUAGUUCCUGCCUCAUGGUCUUCACACACCCCAGCCCACGUCUCCUUCAGCAUUGGUAGCAGCAGCAGAAGUAGCAGCAGCCCCCCUACCCCUAUUCCUCCCCACCCGCCACUCCGUCCAGCAUCUCCCCACCUGCUCAUCAUUUCAUUGGUUGCACACGAUUUACCAUCGUACACCACCCUGCCAUCCCCACCCACCCCCACACCCCCCCACGAGCCGCACCAUGUAGCACCUUACUUUCUCAACCCCCACCCACUCCUUUCCUACCAGUCGUUUUUGCUGCUUGAAGAGAUUACCCCCCUCCACCUUUCCAGAAUGGUGUUUUCCUCUCUCAGUAUCAAGUACAUGUGGAAAAGCAACUGUACAAUCAACUUUUGUUUGCCUUUUUUAUAUAAUUGUAUCAAUCGUUGUGUGACGUGACUGUAUUCACAUCACUGUUUAUCAGCUGUUGUUUUCAUAGCGGGCCCCACCAUAUCCACGCACUACCCCCCCUCCCGUCCCACGGCUUUGCCGCCUACUUUGCUCGCUGUCUUUUGAUAGAAUUACCAGAACCUGCCUUGUUAAAAUAAUUCAUUCAGAGCUGCUCUUCAGCUUCUCCCUCCCUGCCCUAAAUGUAUUAACCCACUCGCUCUUUUUAACAUUGGAGUGGGACCAAAGUGAACAGGGGAGUAAAAGUACAAGGGUAUAGAAAUAAGAUACUUAUCUAUCGACUAAUGUUCAAACUUCUUGUCUUUAGCAUGCCGUGUGCACGAGCAGUCAUACGUAAUAUCAAGGGCUUACUCUCGCUACCAUCUUCUUUGUUAGCCCUGUUGUAGUAGAGACUGUUUCUACAGGUCACUCUCAUACAGCUGCACGCACCCACCCCCAGAAUAAAAUGACCUCCUAUUCGGAGGGGACUGAAUGUGAAAAAUUGGAGAUAAGAAACCAAACCCUGUGAAUAUCAGUAUUGGCACUCUCAUUCCGUUUAGCCAUGAGGCCUUAGCAUUGACUUCGAUCAUGUGGAGUAAAACGGCAACAAGCAUUACUAUUUUAGUCUUUAUUGUUUUUGUUUGUUUCCCCUUUGCCUUAAUGUACAUCAUUCCCCUUCAGUGCUCCCCUUCAAGAUAGCUUCAUAACUUGUAGCCCGCAGUCAGGAAAGUUAGUGUGGAGUAGAACCGGAGAAAGUCCAGAAGGCGGCUGAGCCAGGCACCGUCUGCUGCUGCCGGAGACCUCGUCGGUGUCUGGCCUCACCCACAGACAGAAACUGGCAGUGAGGAGGAAAUACAAAAGACUGACCAGGCCUUCAGUGUUUUUACCCAGUGACCCUCUCAGAAAGACACUAUAACCCACAUUACAAAACUUGAGACUACUAGAGAAACACAACUGACCUGUCACACUAAACUGAAAGCGACUUGUACUGUACCAGAACAUAUGGAUGUAAAAGUUUUGUUUUGUUUCUUCUGAUAAUGAUAUCGGUGUAUUCCUGCUCCAUACAUUCCUUCACAUUGUACAGUUUCUAUAAAACGCUGGCAUGCUGGUGGGGUUGUAUAGUCUGUCAUCAUUUGUGAUUGCUCUUCUCAGUCAAUAAAAAUUUUGCUCAA